AUGUCUUCUUCCGUCGAUAAGAAUAUCCGGGCAUUGAUGCGAUUGACGCGAGAUGCCGAGUUAGAGCAGUUAGCAGAGAAGUGCAAGCGCCUAGAGAAAGAUACGAACGCUUUCGACACUUUUCUGGGGGUGGCGGGUGCAGUAGGAGCGAUUGCGGGUGCUUUGGUCAUGCCGGGGCUAGGGGUGGUCAUGGGCGGUCUCAUGCUGGGCACUUCAGCGGUCAAAGGUUUGCUGGGUGAUGCCAGUAUUGAUAGAGAUUGCUCUGACGUUCCAUUCAAAGAGCUGGAAGAAAAACUAAAUGAGAAAUUCAGCGAAGUCAACCGGAAGCUGGAUGAGCAAAUGGAAGUUCUAAAAGACAUAUCUGGGAAGAUCAGUGAAACUCUGACUCAGCUAGAAAUAACCAGGCGAGAAAUGAGAGCAGGAUUUGAGCUAGUUCUGACAAAGAUGGAUUCUCAGGAUAUCAACAGGAACGCGGCCAUCAUUACAGGCGCGAGUUCUGCUUUCGCGACGAGUGAAGAAAACAAGCGGAACGCUAACAAAGAACAAUACAUAAAUUUCAUCCAACAGGAAAUCGAAGGCAACAUCCUUUUUGAGUACAUAAAACAGCAAGGCACGUUAUACGGGGCAUUAUAUUCGAUCAUGGGACAGAAUUACGUCAACCCCAGUGGCAACAAUGAUAAAAAUGCGUACAAUGCUCUCGUUGCUUUAAGUUACGGAACAGUGACGUACGCUACGAUUGUCUUUUCCCUUUUGGAUCAAUAUGCUUACAUUUCCGAACAUUAUUAUCAGAAGAACGAGUUGGAUAAAUUCAAUAGGCACGUAAACAAAUUGUCCUUUUACUUUACAACUUUCAAGAGUAUUCUGGGAAAACAAAAUGGUUUAAUAGACAAAGUGACGCAGUUGCUCAGUGGGGCAGAAAAGAUUUAUGACGCACAAAGCUCUAUGCACCAAGCUAUUGAAAACCAAAUGACAACUUUAGGAGCGCUGAAACAAAGAGUAAACGACAUGGUUUUACCCAUUAUAUCUAUGACACCCCGAAAUGACAUAGAGAUUACAUUCAGCACCUACGAAGGUCCUCUAAAUAGUAACACUGACUUUCUGGAUUGGAAAAACGGUGGUAAGGUUAGCUACGCGCUGCAGUUCGAAAGUGGAGGUAAAUAUUCUAAAAUUAGCAAUUGGAUAACGCACGACGUUAUUAGCGUAGCUAAUCCCAAUAUUGAGCUCAGAAGUGAACAUCCAAUGAACAGGCUAGUUUUUCGAAAGUUUGACAACAACCCCCCGGAAUUAGUACGCAUCGUCUCGGGGAUCCAGAGAAUAUUUAGGGACGUAGACAGGGAUCUCUAUAACUUGCCAUCUAAAAGAUCUCUCAAUGACGCCGAAGUUUUAAAUAACAUGAUCAUUCUCAAUCAGAACUUGGGGGCAAGCUUGGCAGCGGUGUUCGAGAAUAAAAGAGGCGUCGUCCAUGCCGCCGCAGAAAACGGCAGAGUCAGUUUACUUUCUCACAUUUUACAGUUAGACAGCUCACUCAUUGAUCUGAAAGAUUCUGUUGGCUUCACGCCGCUUCACAUUGCUUCGGAACGAAAGCAAAUUGGCGUCGUGAAUGAACUGAUUAGGCUAGGAGCAAACGUCAAUGUUCAAACUGACACUUAUAAUUUGACCCCAUUACAUUUGGCCGUUCGUCAACAGUCUGACGAUAUUGUGGAAGCUUUGUUGGCAACUGCCAGCAUUGACCCCAAUCUAAAAGAUAAAGCCGGAAUGACUCCUUUGCACCUUAGCGUGGCCGACACAAGUUUCAGUCUGAGUAUUUGCAGUAAGUUGCUAGACAGUGGAAAGGUUGAUCCGAAUGCGAAAGAUGCUAGUGGUUUGACCCCACUGCAUUACUCUACAAUCCUGCAUCUAGAAUAUCCUCUUAGAAGGUUACUGCAAACCAGUAAUAUUAAUAAGUGGCCGAAAGACAACAAUAAUAUGACGCCACUGCAUUAUGCCGCCAUGAAGGGGCUUGACGGGUUGACGGAGGAUCUCUUGACGAGGAAUAAAAGACGAAUCAAUGAUGCAGCGGGAGAAAGAAUGUGGACUGCAUUGCAUUAUGCCGUAUUUUUCAAGCAACCAGAGUUCGUGGUAGAUUUGUUAGAGACCGAAGGUAGAGAACGGCACAUCAUGGUCGAUGUUUUAGACGCCGACAUGCAGACGCCCCUACAUUUGGCCGCUGCUAGUGGCCAGCAGGAAUCGGUCAAUGUCCUGCUCAGAAAUGGAGCAAAAGUGUAUAAAAAGACAUCCAAAGACCAGACACCCCUCAAUCUUGCCAUCAUCCACGGUAAGAAGGACGUGAUUGUUCCAUUAUUAAACAAGGAAAAAGAACAAAGAUUGGAAGAUAAUACACGAGCCAGGGAUGCGGAUACUUUGGCCUGUGAGUUAGCAAAGGGAGAAAUUCUAGACCUGCUAGUGCAGAGAGGCCGCUGCACUAGGCAAUAUCGCCGAGAUAUCGAAGAUUCUAAUAAAUUGACGUUUGACUCAAAGAAUAAGAAACCAUUCGUUGCAUUGAAUCACAACGGCAAUUAUGUGAGAGAUGCUCUUCAUCAUCUUUUGGACCAUCCUUCAAAGCCAUCGGAAAAUUUGAAAGUGAAGGAAAGCUUAAAAUCAGUUGAUUUAAACGGUGCGUUGCUUUUGUUAGAUUUGUUCGUUCGGAAAGUCACGAAUGAGAAAUACAAUUCCGAAUGGGUUCAUUCAGGGUCUCCGUUAUGGGCGAGAGCUCGUGCUCUCAACAUCACAGAGAGUCUCGGGAGGAUAAUGGAAUCGGUUGGGGUUCGGAACGAAGAUCUUUUUGACCUGCAUUCGAAGGUCUACAAAGCUGUUUUGAGAGGAAGUAAGAAGGAACUGGUGAGCUCGUUGUGUUCUUACUUGAAAGAUUAUUCUAGUUUAGGACCGCAACAAGUUGAGGAAUUCAUUACAGCCGUUUUGGAAGAUGAAACCGUUUGCAACUAA